AUGAGCUUUCUGUUGAGCAAUAUAAACAUCAAAGAUUGGGAAACGUUAGACAACCAACUCAAACAUUCUAAAUUUGAGUCCAUUAAGAAGACGUUUCCAAUCGUCACAAAUUUAUCGAAAAAAGAUGAUGAGCUUGCAAACUCGUCUCGAAAACGUAAAUUCGGUAGCAUUGAUCCUUCAAGAUACAGCAUGAAGGAAAAUUUGAACGAAUUACUCUUCAAGGGAGCUUACGGGGAUGUUUUAACCAAUGACAGCGAAAGUGUCAUGGAAUUUUCACUUUUAUCAGUUCCACCGACAAAACCGCAAAGGGACUGUGACAUUCAAUUAUUCACACCUUGUGUCAUCGGCAAUGGUGAGUCGCUCAGUCUCAAAGAGAUUAAUGCGCAUCUUGUGCUGCUCUUCUCAGAAUAUCGCGAGAGGAGGAAAGAUGGACCUCUCUUCCUAAGCAAUGUCGGUGGUUGUUUAAUACCACAGACGGUAAAAAUCAUGCAACUGUUAAGAAGAUUUCGUCAAGAAACUGUUUGCAAAACCGAUGCAACAAAAUUUCUUCAAUUGAGUAUUGAUAUGUUUCAAGAUAUCUGGUUACCCAAUUUGGCCUCUUCGAUAGCAGCUAUCGGAUCAGCAAUGGAUUUUUUACAGGAAUAUGAGGGACAAUAUAGCAAAAUUGAAACGGUCAAAUCCAGAGCGAAGGCAGAACAUGAAGAAGACAUUGAGAAGAUAAUUAAUGCAUGGUCCAAGUUAAAUUAUUUUCCAAAGAUUUUAUUGAGAUCCCUUGUUUUCGACAUUCAGUCACACGUACUAACACAAGCGCAGUGUGGGGCUAUAGCGAAGUAUGAAUUUACGAAAAAAAUCAUUGUCACAAUGAUACUAGAAAUGAGUAAAACGUUCACUAAGAUCACCGAGAUUAUUUUCACGCUGGAUAUUCAAGAACUGUUCCCCAAUAGUACCAUGGAAGUUCUUAUUGAAGCGUUUUUGGACUGUACUAUCGAGUGCAGGAACGGCGAAAUCAUGAUCGGCAUCGCGGAACUCCUGGAAAAAUGGAUUAGCUGUCAGCCAAAGUACGCAAAAGGGUACCACAUAUGGUGUGAAGGUAUGCUUGUCAAGUACAACGUGCAGAGGGCAAGCGACAACAAGAGCGCCGGUACAUCACCUAGGGAAAACAGCACCGAUGACGUCACUGACGAACAAGACCUAAUGUUUAACCGGUGGGAAAUAGGUAUUCUAUUCUUGCGAGAUAUACUCGAGUACACAGAACUGGAGCCACGAACCACCAAUACUGAUCCUGACAGUACCGGGUGGCUUACUGUUUUCCAAGACGAUCUUGCUGAUCAAGAGCAGGAUACUGCAGGUACUAACGACGGACCAAAUGAGGCCGAGCUGGCUACUAUCGCAAGUAUUGAUCCGCCUCAAACAAGAGUACAAGAUCACCAGAGCAAAAGAGCUGCUCUAAGAGAAUGGGCGCACAGAAGUAGAAAAAAAAUAAGCCAUAAGUAUCACAGCAUUGUCGGGGAAAUCGAAAAUAGAAGGCAUGCUAAACGACAAAAGAUCCUGAUAACAUCAGUGCGUUGUUACAAUGUUACCAGUAGACCAAACGCUGUAACACCAGAUAGCAUGUAUCACUUGCAGAGAGUAACACAAAAGCUGUACAAGAAAGAGCAAAGGGGUAAACGAAAGAGAGACGCAAUAAAGGUUAUCUUCAGUAUCAGCUAG